AACGGCUCUCUGACGUGCGCUCUUCUCCUCUCCAAGUCAACCUAGACCCAGGUAGGUUUCACUCGACAGCGAACACACCACCCAACGGCAAAAUGAGCAGGAAAUUCUUCGUCGGUGGAAACUGGAAGAUGAACGGCGACAAGAAGAGCCUCGGCGAGCUCAUUCAGACCAUGAACGCCGCCAAGGUGGAUCCCAAUGUCGAGGUGGUGUGUGGCGCCCCAUUCAUUUACUUGGACUUUGCCAGGUCCAAACUGGACCCCAAGUUCGGCGUUGCCGCCCAGAACUGCUACAAAGUCGCCAAGGGGGCUUUCACUGGGGAGAUCAGCCCUGCGAUGAUCAAGGACUGCGGCGUCCACUGGGUGAUCCUGGGACACUCUGAGAGGCGCCACGUCUUCGGAGAGAAUGACGAGCUCAUCGGGCAGAAGACUGCCCACGCGCUGGAGAACGGUCUCUGCGUAAUUGCCUGCAUUGGUGAGAAGCUGGAUGAGAGGGAGGCAGGCAUCACCGAAAAGGUCGUCUUUGCUCAGACCAAGGUCAUUGCAGAGAAUGUCAAGGACUGGAGUAAGGUGGUUCUCGCUUACGAGCCCGUGUGGGCCAUCGGCACCGGCAAGACAGCCUCCCCCCAGCAGGCUCAGGAGGUUCACGAGAAGCUGAGGGCGUGGCUGAAGGCCAACGUGUCCGAGGCUGUCGCCAACUCUGUGAGGAUCAUCUACGGAGGUUCCGUGACCGGCGCCACCUGCAAGGAGCUGGGCUCCCAGAAGGAUGUGGACGGUUUCCUCGUUGGCGGAGCGUCCCUCAAGCCCGAAUUUGUCGAAAUCAUCAACGCCAAGAUGUAAAAACAUCUCCUGAUGAUCCAUCAACUCUGUACUUAGUCCUCCCCAUUAUUUUUUUUAAAUUAAAUUAAACAUACUUGUGCAAUGCGGUCAUGCCCUCCUUGUAUGUGUUUGGGUGCCUCUAGUCUUGACGAACAAGAUUGGAGCGGGUUGGCACAUGCACUGAAAACUUCUGUGCACUUUUAACACUUCCACAGCAAGCUGUAAAGACUGACCAUCACGCCUUUACUUGAAACGUUUACCACCAUGUGUCUGGAUCACAUUAUCUGUCUCUCGCCUGUGUGUUUCUAAUGUUCCCUCUGUAUGUAGCUUUCACCUCCCCGUAGCUGUGCAUGAACCGCGCUCUCAUUGGCGUAUCCAUUACGUGUCCGGUCAUGUUGUCUCACGGCUGAUGGUCUUUGAGGGUGAGGAGACUUUAAGGAAACCUAAUAAACCGUUUAGAGACAGA